AUGAAGAGUUUGGCCAAACUUCAGGGAAACACAGAGCAACUGCUGAUGUCUCUAUCAAACACUCUCCCAUCCUUGGCCCUGAGUAAUCAGCACUGGCUGCAAGAACACACCGAAGAGAGUGUUUUACUGCAAGACAAGCAGGGUUGUUCAAAGAAGGGUACAGAAUGGGAAAAUGGAGAACAAAGCUGGAGCUCAAGACCCAAACACAUACCUGAGGGCAAAGAGGCAUACACAUUGACAGGGCUCAGCGAUGUCUCCUUGCCUCCUGAUACACCUUCAACCUCCAUCUCUAUUGAUGACCUUUCUCCAAUCUCACCCAGCAACCAUCAGCCUCUUCCCACUCGACAACCAUCUACCACACCCAAACGCUCCAUCAAAGGCCUCAAGAGAUGGUUGAGCAGCCCAGUUCGAAGGUUUAGUCUGGGCGGAGGUGGCAAGAGUCAGAGCUCAAAGGCCAUUCAGAGCCCAGAAGGGUCAUCCUAUAUGUUUCUCCCUCUCUCACCUGCUCAAAGCCUAUUGAGCCCAAUAGAGAAGUCCAAAAAACUUCCCCGCUCCUACAGAUCUCUGGAGUGUGCUGAACUUUCAAGGCCAACAUCUCCUGACAGUCCCUAUUACCCAAGAUACCUAAAUGAUCUCUUGCAGAGGCAUCAGUCUUGCGAUGUGCAUUCUGGGGAGAGAGAUCUCGACUUGACUGACGAGACACAGGUACAAUCACAGAGUCCAGAGGAUGAUGAGCAGGAGAGAAGAACUGCCUUCGAGAAAAGCAUAUAUGUGCUGACAGAGCUGGUAGAAACAGAGAAGCUGUAUGUGGAGGAUCUGGGGCUUGUGGUGGAGGGUUAUAUGGCCACAAUGAAUAGUGUUGGGGUGCCCGAGUAUUUGGCGGGAAAGGAUAAAAUUGUGUUUGGGAACAUUCAUCAGAUCUACGACUGGCACAAAGUCUAUUUUCUUGGAGAGUUGGAGAAAUGUGUGUGUGAACCUGACCUGCUGGCACAACUGUUUAUCAAACACGAGAGGCGGCUCAACAUGUAUGUGGUUUAUUGUCAGAACAAGCCAACAUCAGAGCACAUUGUCUCAGAGUACAUUGAAACCUAUUUUGAGGAACUGAGGCAACAGCUGGGUCACAGACUGCAGUUAAAUGACCUGCUCAUCAAACCUGUUCAGAGAAUCAUGAAAUAUCAGCUGCUGCUGAAGGACUUCUUGAAGUACUACACUAAAGCAGGCAGACAAACAGAAGAUCUUGAGAGGGCAGUGGAGGUGAUGUGUUUCGUUCCAAAGCGAUGUAAUGACAUGAUGAAUGUUGGAAGACUACAGGGUUUUGAGGGCCAGCUGAGAGCACAAGGGAAACUCUUGCAACAGGACACCUUCACAUUCAUUGAGAAUGAGAACAGCAUUCUCUCCCGUCCCAAAGAGAGACGGGUGUUCCUCUUCGAGCAACUUGUCAUCCUCAGUGAGCCAAUCGACCGCAAGAAAGGCUUUUCCCUGCCAGGAUACAUCUUUAAAAACAGCAUCAAGAUUAGUUGUUUGGGCAUUGAGGAUCAUUGCCCAGAUGACCCAUGUCGGAUGGUGUUGACGUCUCGUAAUAUCGAUGGAAGCAUGCACCGAUUCAUUCUUCGUGCAUCAUCUCCAGAAAUCAGAAUGACCUGGGCAAAUGACAUCAUACAGAUGCUGGAGACACAGCACAACUUCUUAAACGCCCUGCAGUCUCCUAUUGAAUUCCAGAGAAAAGAAAUUAAAUCCCUUAACCUGGGAAAGAGCUUGACAACUUCCCCCUCACUGAACUCUGGCCUGCAACCCUAUAGCUCUGCCUCCAUAGACCGCCAGGCUCUGCCCUGUCUGCGCUCCUGGAAUUCUUCACAACCUUCUAUGCCUCAUUGAAAGCUUUCUGACAUUCCUGAAAAGGCAUUUCCUUAUCUUCCUCUGACAUCAACUCAUAAAAUGCCUGUCUGUUACACUCAGGAGAACAUUAUAAGGAGAUAAAGGAAGACUUAGUCCAUUUUCGAGUGAUUUAAUCAUUCAUUAGAACCUAAUUAUUCUUCUACCUUCCAUUUCAAUAUGAUAAUGCACACAAACUGAAAAUCUAUCACAACCUUCAGUAUUUGACAAUGGUAACAAUCUGAGUAUUUUGAACCUACAAGAUUACAUUUUUUGCUACCAUAACAAAUUGAAGGUAUUGACUGUAUAAGCUAAACUUUAUGUUACUGACAAGAUAUAAUUCAUGAAAGACUGAAUAUGAUCAUAAAGAUUGUAUUUGUAGCUACUGCUAAUUCUAUAUUGCUGAAAUUGUGAAUGAGGAG